AUUCUUUUACUUCUACUCCCUUUUUCGCUAGUGAGAAGCCUCACUAUCACUCUUUCGCGCACAGCAGGCACUCCAAAGUAUUUUUAUGAGGCUCGAUCGCUGAUUGUUUGUCAGGCCAAGUGUAAAAAUGAGUGCAAGGACGAUAACUCAACACUCUGGAAAAAAUUGGAAUGUAACAGUUGUGUACAGGACUGCAUCAGAAAAGAAAAUAUGAUCUUUGAAGAUGGACCACAAGACCGCGGCCUUAUUCGUUCAGUGGUCGUCUGUUGUGCACGGUUAGUCACCUACUCGAAGAUUGCUGCAAAAAUUCUAUUCGAUCUCGAGAAUGACCCCAUCAUCGAAGAGGCUUUCAUGGUGCUGGAAUACAGAGUUCUUUCGGAUAAUGACGAUCUUCACGAACCUAUUUGGACCCUCAGUCAGAUUGUCCGUGAGCGAGUCGUCAACAUAAGCGACCUCAAAUGCGGUCAUCUUUACCAGUUUCGGCUCACUUUGAUAACCACUAGGAUUAUCGAUCGACGAACAAGUUUGUGGAUCUCAAAUCGGCAUCUGUGCAGAUACUCUUCAGUGUAA